GUGUUGGAUUUGAUCAACACUGCUAAACAAAUACAUUAACAAAAUAUGUGCAUAAAUUUGUUAACCACUGUCAAACGGAAACUACUUACUCACGCUCCUGUAAUCAUGGCUGCAAGGCAAUCCAGCGACAUGGCAAAGUUCAAGGAAACUUUAAAAUCCGCUAAGAAUAUAGUGUUCCUUUCCGGAGCUGGUAUAAGUGCUGAAUCUGGUAUACCAACGUUCCGUGGGGCUGGUGGUAUGUGGAGGAAGUACCAAUCUGCAAGUUUGGCGACGCCGGAGGCCUUUGGGACCACACCGGCAUUAGUGUGGGAGUUCUAUCAUUACAGACGAGAAGUGGCGGCUAAGGCUCAACCUAAUGCGGGUCACAUAGCCAUAACCCAAUAUGAAGCAAACCACCCAGACAAGACAGUCACAGUGAUUACACAGAAUGUUGACGGACUGCACGCCAGGGCAGGGACAAAGAACUUACUAGAGCUCCACGGCAGCUUGUACAAGACCCGGUGCACCAAAUGUAAGGAAGUGUUGGUUAACACUGACAGCCCGAUUUGUAAGGCUUUGGAAAACCGUGGAGCACCAGAAGUUGACCAAGUAGGCUCUGAUAUUCCAGUAAGAGAUCUGCCACACUGUAAGAAACCAGAGUGCAAAGGACUGCUGCGACCCCACAUAGUGUGGUUUGGGGAAAGUUUGGAGUCGGCUGUGCUUGAGAAAACAGAAGCAGCAAUGGCCUCCUGCGACGUGUGCCUGGUAGUGGGAACCUCGUCAGUGGUGUACCCGGCGGCCAUGUGCGGCGCCACGGUGGCGGAGUUCAACCUGGAGCCCACGCCCGCCACGAGCGCCUUCAGCUACUACUUCCAGGGCCCGUGCGGGGAGACGCUGCCGAAGGCAUUGGCAGAUUAAGUGCCAGUUGCA